AAAUUCAUCAACAACUUACCUAUCGAUUACGAUAUAGAUAUACCCCUCGACUUUGAAUUAUAUUUCCUCGUGUUUAUUUGCAAACUCGAAAUCAACCUCUGCAAAAGGGUAGAUCCAAUACACGCGAAUAUCAAACGUAUUUGUGGGUAUCUAUCGCGACUCGCGACUCGCGAGUCUGUCGCUACCUAGCAUCAUCACCCAAGCCGGGCGCAGGGAAACAGCCCAAGCAAUCGGAUCGAGUUUGGUGUACAGUUUGGUGUACAAAAUCUUGCUCCCCAUCUAAGAUGGGAAUUCUUUCGAACCCGUUGCGUUCCCGCGAGGGUCGGCAAUCCCAAUUGCCUGUUUACGAAAAUGUACAUCUUACAAGCAAGGAACGAAAUUCAAACGAUUCUUAUGACGAUUCUGAUUAUGACGACUAUUCUACCACCUCAUCUCCUGGUACAAACAACUCAAGAUUCACAAGUGCUUCAACUUCUACAGCAACCCCUAUCAUACCUAAAAGAGCCUUCCCAGUUCCUCGUAAACCGCGCCAACCAAUCAACUACCGUUUACCAAACAAGGUCGUUCGGUAUCUCUGCUUUGGCUUAACAUUCUUCAUUGUCUCGAUGAUAUUCUCGCUCAUCCGAGCAAGUCACAAUGAGAACAGAGCCCUUGCUGAAGGCAGGAUUAACAGGCCGCCAUCCACACCUCCUUCGUGGGAGCAAUUCCCAUUCCUUACAAGAUAUUACGGUGGUAUUAGGAACCUGGUACCCUUUUCCCAGAACACGCCCGAGUAUCCCCUAUUCAAAGGAGAGCAGCCUAUAGACAAGUUGUUCUAUGUCAACAGCACCAACUUAAAAUCAGACGUCGAAGAGCGGAACUUGCCUGCCAGUAAAGAGUAUAUCCGGUAUCCCCAGAGUGUUUUCCAGGAUGCCCCUGAGCAGUUUCAGGAAUGCUACAUUGACAAGGCAAACAAAGUACGCGUGCCUCCUAUUCGCUACUAUGAGGGGCGUCCCCAUGGUUUCCCUGACCCCGUGCUCGGUUCCUAUGAGCUCCUAGGGCUUCCCGAGGAUAUCUGCUUCGAACGCUAUGGCCGAUAUGGGCCAUAUGGUUUCGGUUAUUCCGUUAGGUCCGGCGGUCUCGGUACUGGGGAACACGGUGAAAAGGAAGGCUUUGAGGCGACUUGGGACAAGGUGCCCCAAGUCGACUGGAGAGGGACGGACUGGGCGGAUGUUCAGAGACGGUGCUAUCAGACAAAUGCUGGUCGUUACAAGCAAGUGCCCGCUAGACAGCCCUCUCCUCAUGGUUUCUACAUCAAUGAGGACAUUGCUGCUACAAAGCUCCAGGCGCGUGACUCUCCAGUUCCCGAAUCACCCAAGUCAUCAACCGACAAGACAUCAACCGACAAGACAGACAAAACUGUCAAGGAAAAGAAGCCGGUACCAGCCGCCGAAGGUGGGACUGCAGGGAAGCAGUUGCCAAGGACCGCGGUUGUGAUCCGGUGCUGGGAUGAAUACUUCUGGAGGGAAGAGGAUAUAAUGAACAUUCGCUCCCUAAUCAGCGAAUUGGUGCUAGCAUCCGGUGGUCGAUAUGAUAUUCACCUGCUCGUUCAAGUUAAGAAUGAUGCUGCACACCCAAUUUGGGCAGAUGCGGCCGUAUACCAACGACGAAUUGAAGAGACUAUACCGGAGGAAUUCCGAGGUAUUGUCACAUUCUGGACAGAAACCCAAAUGUUAUCGCUUUACCAGGGAAUUUUCGAUCUUUUCGCUCGUGGUCCGGAUUUGCCCGUUCACGGUGUCUACCGUGGCUUGCAAAUGGCUAUGCAACAUUUUGCCUACUUACACCCAGAAUAUGACUAUUACUGGCAGUGGGAGAUGGACAUUCGAUACAUUGGCCAUUACUAUGACUUGUUCACCAAGAUAGAGAAUUGGGCCAAGGAACAGCCACGUAAGGGUCUGUGGGAACGAAAUUCUCGAUUUUACCUGCCUUCCGUCCAUGGAACGUGGGAGGAUUUCAAGCAGAUGGCGCGAGUGCAGACUGAGAUGGGCACUACAGGUGCCGAUAAUAUAUGGGACAAUGUUCCCGGAGCCAACAAGAAAUCGCAGUCUGGUCGUGGCGAAAAGCCUAUUUGGGGUCCUGAAAGACCCAAAGAUCCUAAAGAUUGGUUUGAACCAGACGAUGAUCCCGUACCCGAGACAACCUACGAAAAGGAUAAAUACGUGUGGGGAGUUGGCGAAGAGGCUGAUUAUAUUACGUUCAACCCUAUGUUCGAUCCAGAAGGAACUACCUGGGGUCUGGCUGACGACAUUACUGGCUAUAACACAACGGGUAGCAAUGGACUGCCGCCUCGUAGGGCUCAGAUCAUCACAGCAUCACGCAUGUCUCGUCGUUUACUCAUGAAAAUGCACCGAGAGACUGCCUUCUUGAAACAUCACGCUUUCCCAGAGAUGUGGCCAGGUACCGUUGCUCUGCAACAUGGUUACAAGGCCGUAUUUGUACCACACCCUCUUUACGUGGACCGCGAGUGGCCUACGGAGGUCUUUGAGAGGACCCUCAACAACGGCAAAAAUGGAGCUACAGGAGGCGCCCGUACUUCCGUAUUUGGCCAGCGUGAGCAUAAUCUUAUAGGUCUCACCUGGUUCUACAACUCAGGUUUCGCACCCAACUUGUACCGAAGAUGGCUCGGAUUAAAGGUCAACAACGAUGGAGGCGAAGAGUUCGAGUUGACCGCAGACGAGAGCAAGAACGGCACCAAUGUCAAUGAAAUGCGGGGUGGAGAGGGCAGAAUGUGCCUACCGCCCAUGCUACUUCACCCGGUUAAGGAGGUUGAGUUACCAGUUGAAGCCAACCCGGAAGAGACGCUCGAGAUCCCCGAGUCGGAUCCCGCGGCUUGAGCACAGUAGAUACAUGGAAUGAGGGAUAGGGUUAUUUAACGAAUGCAUAGGCCAGGAUUUUGUAGUGGGCCACUUCUAUAUAUGGGCUCUAGCACUCGUGGCGGCGUUGGUCGGAAAGUGUGUUAUCGGAUGGUUUUUUUUUCAUGUUCUUGGCAGUUUGAAUGAAUGAACGAUGCGAAGCAAGCGUUGCGCGUCGACAUCGGGUGUACCAUAUAGUUGGUUUGUACACAGGCUGAAGGGCAUGACUGGAUAGAACGAAUGGAUAGGGAUAGGGAUAGGGACCUACUUGGUGAGUGGGCUGUAAUUAUGACACUUAUUCCGACUUCUCAAUGUGUGUGGUGUGUAAUGCUUGGUCAAGAUUUUGGUGAACUGCACCUCCGUUACUACUAGGUAUAAAUAUUUUAGCACUCCUUCCACGAAAGACAAAUACCCUCUUCAACUGUUCCCUAGACUAUCUAAUAGAGUAAGUGCUCUAGAAGCUGUUAGUAUCCGUACAGCUAUUGCUUUUGAGGUCGACGAAUGCAUGAUAUUGUAUCUAUCUACGUAGCCAAUAAUGUCAAGUUACC